AUGGCUUCCGCAGCCGAUACCAAGAAGUUGCCCGAAAUUGACGAGACAAGCAAGCCAGACGACGUCCUCGAGGGCACCAUCGAAGAUGCGACCGAAUACUCCGAUAGCUACUUCCGAAAGCUGCGUUUCAAGAUCGAUCUAUGGCUACUCCCCCUGAUGUGGGUGUGCUACGGCACGCAACAAGCCGACAAGACGUCCCUCAGCGUCCAAGCCGUUUUUGGUCUGCGAGAAGACACUGGCCUUGUGGGCGAACAGUUCAACUGGUUGAGCACAAUCUUCUACCUCUCCUACCUCAUCUGCGAGUUCCCCGGAAACUGGUUGAUACAGAAGAGCAACACUGGCAAGUUCCUAUCGGUUGUGAUGGUUCUGUGGGGUGUAGUUGUUCUUUGCAUCGCUUUUGCUAAGAACUUCGCGCACCUCAUGAUUCUUCGCACGCUGCAGGGUGCCCUCGAGUGCACGAUCUCGCCGACUUUCAUGCUCAUUACUGGAGCAUGGUACACUUCCCAGGAACAUACCCUGAGGUCUCUGAUUUGGGGAACAUCCAAUGCCGGAAUGAACAUCAUCACCGGACUUUGCAUGUAUGGAAUCGGACUGCACGCUCAGAAAGACCCGGGAGGCUUGGCUGCAUGGAAGGGAAUCUCGCUGUUCCUCGGCGGGUUGACCAUCGCGUGCGGGAUCCUCGUCUGGUUUAUCCUCGGUACGCCCCGCGAAGUCCGAUGGCUCAAUGAAGACGAGAAGAAAGCUGCGAUGGCCCGAGUCAUCGUCAAUCAGACUGGUUCGGAUCGUCAAAAGAGAUCCGAGUUCAAAUGGGAUCAGGUGUGGUCGACGUUCAAGGAUCCCCAAACAUACUUCUUCUUCUUCGUCACCAUAAUCAACGCCUUGCCUAACGGAGCGAAUACGACGUUUUCGAAACUGAUCUGGAAGUCAUUUGGGUUCACACCGUUGGAGACGUUGUUGAAAGGUUCCACGCCUUACUACUGCGUCAGCAUCGUCUGGUUCUUGGUAGUGGGAUUUGUAACUUUGAAGAAGCCGAAUCUUAGAUUCUUGAUGAUGAUGUUUUCUCUCGUGCCAGCUUUUAGUGGCAUGAUGGCUCUGGCUUUUCUGCCCACGGACACGAUGAAAUGGACUAGAUGGGGGAUGUAUAUCCUUCAGGUCUUUGGUUCCUUACCAGGUCUCAUGAUUUGGACAUUCUUGCCGUCCAAUGUAGCCGGAAGAACCAAGAAGACUGUCACAUCUACAGUUCUCUUCGUUGCCUACUGUGUUGGUAACGCAGUCGGUGCCCAAAUGUUUGUGGCAUCCGACGCCCCCAAGUACAUCCGCGGCCUCACUGCGUGUGCUGUUCUCUACUGCGUGGAGUUCUGCAGCAUGGCUACAUGGCGUUUCUAUUAUAUUUGGGAGAACAAGAGGCGGGAUAAGCUUGUUCGCGAGCAAGGGAUUUCGAAAGAGGAGGGUGAGCGUCUGGGAAAGUUGAACGCGGAGGCCGAUAUGACGGACAGAGAGAAUAUUCACUUCAGAUACAAGUAUUAG